AUGGCUCCGAUCGCUACCAGCCGGGAAGAAUUUGAUGAAAUCCCCACAGUGGUGGGGAUCUUCAGUGCAUUUGGCCUGGUCUUCACAGUCUCUCUGUUUGCAUGGAUCUGCUGUCAGAGAAAAUCAUCCAAAUCUAACAAGACUCCUCCAUAUAAGUUUGUGCAUGUGCUAAAGGGAGUUGAUAUUUAUCCUGAAAACCUAAACAGCAAAAAGAAGUUUGGAGCAGAUGAGAAAAAUGAAGUAAAGAAUAAACCAGCUGGGCCAAAGAAUUCUUUGUGUCUUGAUCUUGAGAAGAGAGAUCUAAAUGGCAAUUUUCCCAAAACAAACCUCAAAGCUGGCAGUCCUUCUGACCUGGAGAAUGUGACCCCAAAGCUCUUUUCAGAAGGGGAAAAAGAGGCAGUUUCCCCUGAUAGCUUAAAGUCCAGCACUUCUCUUACUUCAGAUGAGAAACAAGAGAAGCUGGGAACCCUCUUCUUCUCCUUAGAGUAUAACUUUGAGAAGAAAGCAUUUGUGGUAAAUAUUAAAGAAGCCCGUGGUUUGCCAGCCAUGGAUGAGCAGUCGAUGACAUCUGAUCCAUACAUCAAAAUGAUGAUUCUCCCAGAGAAGAAGCAUAAAGUGAAAACCAGAGUUCUGAGAAAGACCUUGGACCCAGCUUUUGAUGAGACCUUUACAUUCUAUGGAAUACCCUACACUCAGAUCCAAGAGUUGGCCUUGCACUUCACAAUCUUGAGUUUUGACAGGUUUUCAAGAGAUGAUAUAAUUGGAGAAGUCCUUAUUCCUCUCACAGGAAUUGAAUUAACUGAUGGAAAAAAGUUAAUGAACAGAGAGAUUAUCAAGAGAAAUGUUAGGAAGUCUUCAGGACGUGGUGAGUUACUGAUCUCUCUCUGCUAUCAGUCCAUCACAAAUACUCUCACUGUGGUUGUUUUAAAAGCUCGGCAUCUGCCUAAAUCUGAUGUGUCUGGACUUUCAGAUCCCUAUGUCAAAGUGAACCUGUACCAUGCCAAAAAGAGAAUCUCCAAAAAGAAGACUCAUGUGAAGAAAUGCACCCCCAAUGCAGUGUUCAAUGAACUGUUUGUCUUUGACAUUCCCUGUGAGGGUCUUGAAGAGAUAAGUGUUGAAUUUCUGGUUUUGGAUUCUGAAAGGGGAUCCCGAAAUGAGGUGAUUGGGCGGUUGGUCCUGGGAGCAGCAGCAGAAGGAGCCAGUGGAGAGCACUGGAAGGAGAUUUGUGACUAUCCCAGGAGACAAAUUGCCAAGUGGCAUGUGCUCUGUGAUGGUUAG